AUGGUGAACCGUCCUCCAGUUCUCGUCAUUCCAGGGAACGAUGAAUCUCAAGGCUACGAUGAUAGAAGAAGAAUGCUGAAGUCGCCUCCACUAAUUUGCGAACAAGGUCCGUCAGCGCCGUCAUCGCCGACUUCGCCACGACUACGACGGCCAUUCCCCCUCACUGAGGACGCCAUGCAUCGGAUCAAUUUGCUGAGUUCUGGCUACGAGUAUGGCAAGCUAUCGCCGAUGUCGACGUAUGCUACAUCUGAUCUGGGCUCAAGUCCUCGAUCCUCGAUCAGUGUCACAUCGGCAAAUUUGGCCCCAUGGAUGAUCUUCCGUGAGAAUCACAAAAGCAGUUUCGAUCUCGACGAUGGUGUAUCGGAUGUAUGCAGUAAGGAUCUACUGUCGCCGGGUAUGAUGCUCUCACCGGCACCAUACUCGCCGUUUUCAGACUGCGAAGACACCGAGACACCGUACUCAGCAUAUGCCCGUUCACCUAAUUUGUCACCAAAUCCCUUGACAAGAAGCUUCAACCAUUUCAGCUUCGACCAAAUACGGAGCAGCAGCUCGAUGUCUGGACAUCAUAACCUCAUGGUACCAGAGUCACAUGCAUUAGAUCCUGAAUCACGUGAACGAAGCCGAUCGGACAGUGAUAUGGCCCCAAAAGAGGAACGUAUGGACACGGCAAUGCAGUCAACGAUCUCGGUACCAGCUGCCACCUCACGACGGCUGUCCUCCAGUGGACAGUACAAGAAGAGAUUGUUGCAAAAGUAUCAAGAGGAGCAAGAGGAGCGCUCAUCCAAGCAGCGAAGCAGCAGCAGUCCACCUCCAAGUACAACCGAAUCUGAAAUCGAUGACUCCGAUCUGCGUAGUGUCAGUCGUCUGGCUUCGCGGCAGCCUACGAUUGAAGAGCCUCCUCCAUCGCCACCUCACGAAGUUACCAGAGAAAAUUUGGAAAAUGCAAUGCGACAAGCACUUGGUGGGCAGAAUCAGAUCCAAAUGUGGAUGGAACGCCAGAUAGUAGCCCUACAAGCUGUGAAUAUGUACAACAAUGUUGUGAACAAUGGCCUACUUCAGGUUCCCAAUCCACAACUCCUCGCACCACCUACUGAUCAUCUACCCAGAGCUCCGUUGUUGAGGCAGAGCACAGUGGAUGUUGCUGGUGGGCUCGGAGCAGGCCCAGUGAAAGGUUUGAAGCCAUACAGCUGUCAACUAUGUGGUCAAGUCUUCUCCCGUUCCGAUCAUCUCAGUACUCAUCAACGGACGCACACCGGAGAGAAACCCUACCAGUGCCCUCUGUGCCAGUAUGCAGCUAGUCGUCGGGACAUGAUCACACGUCAUUUGCGUACUCAUGUCCGUCCAGAUGGUACCUCCCUGGACAUCUCCGUUCCAAUCGCUCAACUCUCAUUGACACCCUCAAUAUCGCCGGUACCGUCGAGUUUUGGAUCAACCUCGCCACAACCUAAUGGCGACAUCCAUCACUUGCUUGGUGCAAUGGGUGGAAAUCCAGAUGGUUAG